GCACACGCACAGCACGAGACUGUACAAACAGGAUGGAUUGCGUGUUUCGGUCUGUGCGCGCGUGUGUUUGUGCGUAUUUUUUUUUAAUUCGAUUUUGUGGGAUUUUCGUUGGCCACCUUAAAGAGUGAGCCGCGCGCCGUACGGCGUUUCGAGUCGUGGGUUACGAAUCGAGCCAUCAUUCCCCGCGCCUAGCGGGCUAUACAACAACAACAACACCACCAACACGCGGGAGCCCGUGUCAACACGCCAUGCGUUCCUUAACACUAUCGGCACUCUGGGAUCCAGGAAAGUCUUGCGAGCUCGGCUUGUCAAAAGAUGGAAUGUACUUCACACGUGAUAUUGUAAUGUUUAUACUACAUAUAUUUAAAAAAACACGUGGUACAUAAGACAAGAGAGGUUGGUUGCAUCACAACCGUCUAGGGCUGCUGCCAGUUUUCGCCGGUAUCCGGCGACCCUCGUGACAAGGACGUGUGCCAAGCGAGGGUGUCUGUCAGCCUUCGCCGUGUCUUCAAAUGUUCACGGCGUUCGUGGAGUCUCAACGGACUGCCUCUGGUCCUGGAAGCCCUCCGUGCUGCUGCCUGCCACCUGCGAUGAAGAUCCAAAGUCGCUCAACUGCAAAGGGCGGCCAGGGCAGUGAGACCGCGUCAUGUCGUAAUCCGCAGACGAAACCGGCCCAACUUUAGAUACCACGCCACAACCCCACCGCCACCGCGACCACCCGCACCAACAUGCCGAUCACGCGGCGCCUGGGCCCCCGCAAGUCCCCGCAUCAGGGCUCGGCUCACCCGACCGGGGGGUCUCGCAGCAACCUUACCAGCGGCGGCGGCGUCGCAGGCCGCGCCAGCCCGGCGACACCGACGGAAGCCGUCAGCCUCAACGGCUCCGCGCCGCCGCCGCCGCCGCCGGCGGCCCUGGCGGAGCAGCGGUCCCCGGCGCCGCGCUCGCCGCCGCCGCCGACGGUCGGCGGCGGCGAGCGCCUGUCGCUGUGGUUCCGCCUGUACCUGUACGCGAUCCACGGCAUCGCGCUCGACGUGCUGCUGUCGGCGGCGCUGUCGUUCCGCCGCACGGGCGACUGGCGCCUCUUCGGCUUCUCGUCGCCGUACUUCGCGCUGUCGCACGCGCUCGUCGCGCUGGCGCUCGAGAAGGCGUACGUGCUGCAGAAGCGCCUCUUCCCGGCGAGCCCCGUCUGGUGCAAGCUGGUGCUCCUCUCGCUCGUGUUCGUCGCGAGCCGCCUGUCGACGCGCACCGCGCUGCUGGGCCGCGUCGCGCAAGACGGCGAGCGAGCCGCCGCCUCGUCCGUGCCCUUCAACCUCCUCGUCGCCCUCUACUACACCUUCGUCUUCCUCGACGACUUCCUGCGGCUACGCUACGCCCGCGACGUCGCCCUGCCGGCGUCGCUCCAGCGCAGCGCGCGCCUCUCCAUCCCGCCCGCCUUCCACCUCCUCUUCUUCAGCGUGCAGGGCCUGGUGGACGAGGUGUUCUUCACGGCGUUCUUCAACCUGUUCGAGAAGUCCGACUGGACGCUGCACGGGCACACGUCGCUCUGGUCCUUCGCCAUGUACGGCAGCUGCAGCUUCGUGGUGGAGCGCCUGUACCUGCACCUGGCGGGCCGGCGCGGCUGGGGCACGCUCAGGCGGCUGCCCGUCUACAUCGCGUGCAUCUACACGUGGGAGUUCACCUGGGGGCUCGCGCUGCGACAGAUCGGCGCCUGCUCCUGGGAUUACUCGCACUACCCGCUCAACUUCAUGGGCCUCAUCACGCUCAUGUACCUGCCCGGCUGGGUGCUGCUCAGCCUCUACCAGGACGUGCUGUCCAAUGUGCUCCUGAGGUUGCGAUACGCCGAGCAAAACUCGGUGUGCUAAGUGGGGUGGUGUAAAUUUAAUUUUAAAAAAUAUAUAUAUAAAAGGAUUAGGGACGAUGUAAACGAUUUAUACAUUUUCAGGCUGGUGGAGGGUGGGGGGUUCCGCAGCACGUAAUUGAUUUUUGUUUUGAGCGCGUGGGUUGCAGCAGCGUCGACGCAUUGUGAACUGAAAAUCUCGCAGAGUGAAACUGGUAGUGUCGCCCAGUGCUCGUCAAGCGGUGUGCCACGGCACACCACG